AUGCCAGAAGCCAAGGGCUCCCGCCAGGACCUCACGUCAUGCAAGAAGAAGCAGCAGCCGGUGCACCGUACAGUCAGUCAGAUCUGCCCGCCCCCACGACGGCCGCUGACCGUGGCAGACAUCCGGCCGGGCAUGGAGAACGAGAGGUUGGGGGUCGUGCGCGAUUCCAUGUUUCAGAACCCGCUCAUCCUCAAGGCUGAGCUCGGGAAGACCCGGGAAAGAAGCUGCAGCCUUCCUGGCAUCGACUUUAAUUACGGACUCUACACCCGUGGGCUGGAUGGAGGGGUCCCCGAAGCCAUCGGACACUGGAACGCGUUCAAGCCGCAGCCCAUCCGCUCCCAAGAGCUGGCUCCGAAUUACAUCGCCAUGAAUCGCGGGGCGGUGAAAGCCGGCCUGGUAACUGCCCGGGAGAAUUUCCUCUACCGUCAGCUCAACUUUGUCCGCGUCAGUGACAAGGACGAGCGGCGCGUCAAGAAGGAGCCGCCCUUCAUCCCUCCGAAUAUGACGUUCGGGGUCCGGGCACGGCCUUCCACGCCCCUCUUCGACCUGCUGCAGCACCGCUAUCAGCAGCUGUGGGUGCAGGAGCAGAAGGCCGCCCAGAAAGCCAUCAAGCUGGAGAAGAAGCACAAGGUGAUCCUGGGGAAGCUCUACGAGACCCGGAGCAGCCAGCUGAGGAAGUACAAGCCGCCCGUGAGGCUGGACGCCCUCUGGCACAUGCCCCACUUCCAGAAGGUGGGCCCCCACCUCGACACCUUCCCCACCGAGGCCGAUCGCCAGAACGCUAUGAAAGCCCACCGGCAGGAGCGGGCCGUGCGCCAGGGAACCCUGCGGAUGGGCAACUACACCCACCCCUGA